AUGUCACGCAAGCUGCACCCCAUUCAUUCGUCCCAGGAACACCGCCUGAACCCCGAGUACAAGGCCUAUUACAAUGAGCACGCCAUCGCCGUUCCCAAGCUCCAUACGAUCCCCAUUGACGUGAUCCGCUCCAUCCCCCGCCGCCCGUUUCCCGGCUGCGGUCCCGACGUGCCCGUGGGCAAGACGGAGGACAUCAAAAUCACCCCGGAUUCCGGCCCGGCCAAGGGCGUGACCAUACCGACCCGCUGCUAUACCCCGCCCGGGUCGGCGCCGGACGGAGGCUGGCCGGUCCUCGUCUUUUACCACGGCGGCGGCUGGACCGUCGGCGGACUCGAGUCCGAGACGGACAUCAUCACCAACAUCUGCACAAGCGCCAAGUGUGUGGUUGUAUCCGUGGAUUACAGACUCGCCCCGGAGCACCCGUUCCCGGCCGCGGUGGACGACGCCUGGGCGGCCCUCCUCUGGGUCGCCGCUGAGGGCAAGUCCGCGCUCAACAUAAACCCGGACAACAUCGGCGUCGGCGGCUCCUCCGCCGGCGGCAACCUAGCCGCCGUCAUGGCCCAGCGCGCCGCCUCCUCCUCCCACGGCAGCACCCCGCGCGUCGCGGCGCAGCUCCUCAACAUCCCCGUGACGGACAACACGCGGACGCCGGCCAGCUGCGCGUGCUGGCGCGACCUGCAGCACUCGCCGGCUCUCUCCGCCGACAUGAUGCUGUGGUUCCGCGCCGGCUACCUGCCUCGUGCCGGGGACGCCGAAAACCCGGAGGCCAGCCCGCUGUUGUGGCGCGGCGACUGGGCGGCGUUGCCGCCGGCGGUGGUCGUGGUGGCCGGGCUGGACGUGCUGCGCGACGAGGGCGAGGCCUUUGGCGAGAGGCUCCGGCGGGCGGGCGUGCGCGCGCGCGUGGUCACGUUCCCGGACCAGCCGCACAUCUUCCCGGCGAUGAGCGGCGUGCUCGAGGACGGCAGGCGGGCCAUCACGGUCAUGUGUGAGGGCUUGCGAGAAGUGUUCUACCAGGGGAGUUCCGUUGACACUCGAUCUAACAUCUAG